AUGUGUAGCAUCAACCCGAACCCUGAUGUGUCGGGAAUCGGAAUACGACUCUCUGUCUAUAUUACCAGCACGAUCAUUGCCCUUAUACCACGAAUCCCGGAAACCGAGGAGUUGCGCAAGUCGUUAACUCAAGGCGCCGGUCUGAAUGGAGUAGCGUUGCUACUUACCGCAGUGGUACAAACUGGAUCAAACAGCUUGGAUCUGUACCACGCCAUUAUUAUCAUCCAUAUGCUUGGUUUUCUUGGAUUAGCUACGUAUCCCGCUGGCUCUUACCGCGCUACCCCUGCCCGAUUGGUAGUAUUCUGGAUUUCAACAUGGGCUGUUUAUGCGACCUAUUUAGCCUGGGUGACGUACAUUUGGGUGAAGGCUCCUACAUUCGGAUCUCGGCCGGAGUGCAACAGCAGCACUGUCUAUGUGGUGUUUUUCCGGGGGGUUCGAGCUACUGUUCCGUGGUUAAGGUGGUUGGCAGUCACAUUUGCAGGCCUUGGAAUGAUACUGCUGCUGCGUAUAGCGGCGAUUCCAGUCAUCACGUUUUCUCCCGGGAGAAAGCAUAGCCAAAGGGCGCCUCGGGUAAACACAUUGCAGCAAUACACACCACCCCCACGAAUUACUCAAGUCCCUGGUGAUUCGCAUGAUCCCACCCCGAUCCCACUGCAUGUUGUCCGGAGCUCAUCAUUGGGCCUGCGACCGCCAUCGAUGGCAACGGCGGCUGCCGAAGACAUGACGCACAUCGAGCACAUUCUUUCCCGUGAACCUAAAUAUGGCAUUUUUACACGCACACUCGCCACUGUAUAUGGUAUCGUUAUGCUCGAACGUACCAUCGCCAGCAACGAUGUGGGACCCGGCGAAAAUGUGUGGAGUUUUGGGCAAUUUGUCGCGAUAACCAUUGUCAUUGGGAGCGUCAACGAGGUCGUUCAUUAUUGUUUACACCUCCGUGGAUAUGGUUAUAAGGAAAUGACCAUAGGAGAGUACAUCGAAGGAGUCCCUAAGUCUUCGCCCGUCAACGAUGGACCCCCAAACGAGUCACCAGUCUAGCUCAUUUUCCCCCGAAUUCAUGAAAAAUGCACGCUGCAUGAUCUACAACGAUGGAUUUAUCCCUACAACAAAUUUUCACCACGCUGGUUUUGUACUACAUCCCAUUUCCUUGCAUGGACUAGACCAAUACUUCUCAUGUAGCCCACAGGUCGGCUCCGAUACCCCGUAUUCAAUCGACACUAAUGAUUCCCUUCACCACAUUUGCGGUUACGAUGCUGAACGCAUCCAAGCUGUUCUCGAGUUUAAACUGAUGGGUUAUC